UUUUUAUUUGCUUUCCACAAUGCGGCUUGCAACGGCUAUGCGCGUCCACAGGAAGAUGAGUUUGUAGCUGGAAGAGUGACAGUGCAACAUUACACCCCAGGCUGCCCGAGGUAUGCGAGAACGUGUUGUGUGCGGCUGCGGAGGGGAAACACGCAGAUGCGCAUCCCUUCCGUCGUUAUGGCGACGGUGGUGAUGGAGCAGAUUGGACGGCUCUUCAUCAAUGCCCAGCAGCUCCGUCAGGUGCCCCGCCUCCUGGAGUCAGCCUUCCCCACAUUGCCCUGCACUGUUAAGGCGGCUGAUGUGCCCUGGGUGUUCCGCGAGCCUCACAUCUUGGCUGGAUAUCGGUUACCUGACCAGAGCUGGCGCUACUACUGCCUGACCCUGUUCCAACGCCACAACGAGGCUGUCAAUGUGUGGACGCACCUGGCCGCAGCCCUGGUGAUCCUGGUCAAGUUCUGCCAGCUGGCUGAGACUGUGGACUUCCUGCGAGACCCACACGCCCAGCCCCUCUUCAUUGUGCUCUUGUCCGCCUUUACCUACCUGGCGUGCAGCGCUCUGGCACACCUACUCUCGGCCAAGUCGGAGCUGUCCCACUAUACCUUCUACUUCCUGGACUACGUGGGUGUGGCUGUCUACCAGUACGGCAGCGCCUUGGCCCACUUCUACUAUGCCAUUGAGGAGGAGUGGCACUCCUGCAUGUGUGGUCUCUUCCUACCUGCUGCCGCCUUCCUUGCUUGGCUCUCUUGUGCUGGCUGCUGCUAUGGCAAGUACGCAAGCCAUCGGAUGCCCCGCUUUGCUCACAAGCUCUUUCAGGUGGUGCCUUCAGGCUUGGCCUACUGCCUGGACAUCAGCCCUGUGGUUCACCGCAUCGUUGGGUGCUGGCGACAGGGCUGUGCUGACCCGGCUGUUUCUUACCAUGGCUACCAGGUGCUCUUUUUCCUAGCUGGGGCAUACUUCUUUGCCUGCCCACACCCAGAGCGCUGGUUCCCGGGUCGCUGUGAUUUCCUGGGCCAGGGCCACCAGAUCUUCCAUGUGUUUCUGGUGCUGUGCACGCUGGCACAGCUGGAGGCCGUAUGGCUCGACUAUGGCACUCGGAGGUCCCUCUACGAGCGGCUGCACGGUGACCUUGCGCAUGACUCGGUUGCCCUCUUUGUGUUCACUGCCUGCUGCAGUGUGCUCACAGCUGUCUAUGUGCGCAACCGUGUGUGUGCCCUCCUUAAGGACAAACAGGAGUAAAGAUGUGACACUCAGAUACACAUGCCUCCCACAUACAGUACAUGCAAAGAACACAGUAAACAUUCUAAGAAACUUUAACACCAAGCUACUUCUAAGACCUUGGUUUAUUUUUCUCUGGUUUGCCCAUAGACACCUGACAACAAGGGCACUGUUUUACUGCGGUAUAUGCCACACAGCAUGCGUUCUGUGAAUAGCAAUUUGUGUCAUUUUGGGAGAGCUGACCAAUAAAGCUUCUCACAGGCUGCAGAAGCGUUGUGGUCUGGGAACAGACUUUGAUUUAG